GAGACUCAGAGGAAGUGCAUGAGCACAUGUGUAUCAGUCACAGAGAGAGAGAUGAGCUGAAUGAGUAAGAGUCCAGUCUGAGUUCUGGCUGCUUCACAUCAGGCCACAUCGGGUCUCCAUACAUCUAGAGUCAUGAGCUCGAAGGGAACGAACAUCCCCAACAGACGCCUGUCAUCAGACACAGAUCAUGCGCAUAGAGUCCCCGACGCAGAUCAAAGCCAGCAGAUGAGGCUGAGAGAGAGACAGCGCUUUUUUGAAGAGGUCUUUCAACACGAUGUCUACCUGUCAUCUGCACACCUGCAGAUAGACUAUAAGAGACCUCCAUUAGGAAGCAUCUCAUCCAUGGAGGUGAAUGUAGACAUGCUAGAACAGAUGGAUUUAUUAGACAUCUCUGAUCAGGAGGUUUUGGAUGUCUUUUUCAGCGCUAGCGAGGAGGAUGCAGCGCUCACAUCUCCACUUCCAGUUUUCAGCCACACUGAUGUUGAAGAUGACUUUCGCAAAAACCUCACACCCUCAGGAAUCCCUGACUCCAGUGAGUUCAAAGCACGCAUGUUGUCCACUUCCUCCAACUCCACCUGUGACAGCCAGGCGUCCAAUGAGGAUGGAUCAAACACUCCCGUCAUCCAAUCAGAUGACGAAGACGUGCACGAAGAUCGCUUUCUGCAAACGGGAACACCAACGUGCAAGGAUGCCACUAUAGAUCAGCCCAGUCUCUCUAUAUAAACUGCCUUGUCAUUAAUUGCUGAUUGUUUGAGAAGUGUUUGAAAAACAAGACUGUUUAAAGGGUGGGUUGACAGGUUUGGCCGUAUAUCAAUCUACCACAAACCUUUUGAACUUCUGUCAUUCAGUGUCCCCUGCCGCCCGGGGAUUGUCCUUUUAUUUUUUGACAGACCCUAUCAUUCAUCUUAUCGGGUCAUUCCUGUCAUUCAGUACAUUUUGUAGAUGUGUAACUUUAAAUAAAUAAAUAAAGAAGAAUAUUUAUCACCAAAUGCCUAAAGGGAACGUUCAGUAAAGAAUUGACAAUAACAUUAGAGUUACGACUUUAAUUUAAGAAAUAUUCUGAAUGAGACUAAAACCCCAAAACAUGUUAACGGUUGCUGUUGUUUUCCCACCAAAAGCAUAUCAAUACAAAAGAUUAUGAAACUGGCUUUUCAUUUUAAUUUUUCAAAGUUUAUUGUUGUGUUAGUUUAAUGAUGAAACAGAUGCAAUAUUACAUUAUAAAUGAUUAAGUUGAAAAGUGGAUAACACCCAAAGAAAUACAGCCACUGAAGUUAUGACACAACCACUUUUGCCAACAUACAGGUAUCGUAACAACUACACAUUACACAAAUAUUGUGUAAUACUCUCUCAACACAUUGAUGCUCUUUAGAGAGACUUAAUGUGUCAAGCUUUGAGUUAAAACUGCUGUCACUUUUCAGGUGUCUAUUUUAUGAAUGUUUGUAUUGCAGUAUUGUUAUUUUGGGUCAAGGGUUGAGAAUGUGUCUUUCAUCUAAUGUCCACUUAUGCUUUGCUAUUAAAAUAAAGCCAAACUCCA